AACAUGGCUAAGAAUUAUUGGGGGUUUUCCCUUUUCUGUUUAGCCCUUGGAUUAAUGCUGAAUUUGAGUCAGCAGGCUUCACUUUUCAAGAGAGAUUUCUAUACAGCUGGUUUGGUGGAGUUUAAGCCAUCCAAUGAUUUGUCCGACAAUCUAGCCGGCUAUUUGGAGAUAAUCCACUCGCAGAAUGCCACUUCUACGGACAUCAUUGUGUUUCCCGAGAGCACACUGAACUCAGCGGGUUCCACGACCUUUGUGCCCAACCCCGAGGAUCAGAUAAACCCCUGUUUGAGUGACCCCAAUGCCACCUACUAUGAGGAGUUCCUGGUGACCCUGUCGUGUGCGGCUCGCAAUGCCAGUAAAUACAUUGUGAUCAAUCUCACCGAGAAGCAGAAGUGCGAGGAUGUUCCUGAGGAUACGAGGCCAUGUGCCUCCAACGGACUGAAUGUCUUCAACACCAAUGUGGUGUUCGAUCGUCAGGGAGUGGUGGUGUCCAGGUACCGAAAGGUUCAUCUGUAUGGUGAGGCCAAGAACAGCACUUUCAUGCCGGAACUGAGCACCUAUAUAUAGACGGACUUUGGGGUCACCUUCGGUCACUUCAUCUGCUUCGACAUCCUGUUCUACACGCCUGCUUAUCAGCUGGUGGAUCAGGGAGUCACGGACUUUGUCUACCCGGCCAUGUGGUUCUCCCAACUGCCCUUCCUCACAGCUGUUCAGAUCCAACUGGGCUGGUCCUAUGCCAACAAUGUGAAAUUGUUGGCUGCUGGAGCAAGUGAUCCCAUAGUGGGAAAUAGUGGAUCGGGCAUUUAUCACGGACGCAGUGGCUCAUUAAGGAGCGUGAUGCGGCAGGAGUCCGGUGAGAGGAGUAUAUAUGUGGCCCGGGUACCCAAAUACAGGGCCAGAAGGCGGAUGAAGCGAGAUCUCAAUCGUCAAGUGGCCACCAGUUCAAGUUUCAACAUCAAACGGGAUUAUCUGGAGAACUUCACCAGCGAGGAGCUGAAAAUCGACGCUGGAAAGACCGGUAAUCUCAGCCAGAAUCUGUGUCACGGUGGCUUUUGUUGCCACUUCGAUUUGGCCUGGAGAUCCUUGCGGAAAUCCUCGAGGAACACCAGUCACUACAACUAUCGAGUGGGCAUCUAUGAGGGUUGGCGCAAUGAGAAGAGGCUGGAUGUCAACUAUAUUCGCAACUGUGGCUUGUUCAACUGCUCUGGGCCUUCGAUAGAUGAUUGUGGUCAGCUGCUGCCUGACCUUCAGAAGCCGUUGGUGACCUUCACUCAUCUGGAGAUUAGGGUCACAUAUCCGUAGUCGCGGGAGUUCCUCCUGUUUCCCGAUACCCUGCUCGAUAAUCUUCUGCCUCUGGAGCCCAAACAAUUCCAGUGGUCACAAAAACGGAUCUCCGAGGAGAGCCACCAAGUGCGAUUGGCCCUGAGGAAAUCCCUGGAGGUCAAGCACCUCUUGACCUUUGGCAUUUAUGGAAAUUACUACAAUAAUGAGUGCACUUUUGGCGUGGGAACAGCAGAAGAGCAACUGGAAUGCGGCUAUAAAAAUCCGAAAAUAUAA